CUUUACAGAAACGAUGGUUUUCGAAAAAAUUAAUUACUUUACUGUUACAAAAUUAUGUUAAUUUGUAAUUUAUGUAGUGAUUAUAGUCAUGAUUGACUUUCAUAUCAACAAAUUAAAACUGAAAAAAAUGAUUGUCCGAAAUAAAACUCUAAUUAAAUUAUUUGCUCUCUUAAUUUUAUGUACAGUUAUUCUUUACGUGAGCAAAUACAGUUUUAAUAAUAGAUAUGAAUUUGUGAAAGGUAAAGACCUUUUGGAACAAGCAAUUCGAGCAGCACAAUUGGGUGGUAUUCAAGUUGAAGCUAUCCACAAUGAACACUUGAUUAAUUCCCAAUCAAAAGGAAAAACUGCUGAAGGCGCAAAUGAUCCAGUCACUAAUGCUGAUUAUACAUCUCAUUGUGCUAUGUAUUAUCUGUUGAAAAAAAAUAUACCAAAUGUAAAAGUGAUAUCAGAGGAAGAAUUAUCUGAAAAAGAAUGCAAAAAGUUAAAUAUAAAAAAAUUAAAAAAUUAUGAUAACGAACACAUAACAAAUAUUGAUGAAGAAUUUGAGAGGAAAUACAUAACUAUAUGGAUUGAUCCAUUAGAUGCAACACAAGAAUUUACUGAAAGUUUGACACAAUAUGUUACAACCAUGGUCUGUGUUGCAUAUAAAGGUAAACCUAUAAUGGGUGUUAUACAUGAACCGUUUUCAUCUAAAACAACAUGGGCUUGGCUCUCAAAAUCAAGAUCAAGUAAUUUCAAUAAUAUUAAAGUUCCUAGAAAAAAAUCAAUUAUUAUUUCAAGAUCACACAAAGGUGAUGUAAUGGGUCUAUUAAAUCAACGAUUAUAUGGCUUACCAGUUGUAACAGCUGGAGGUGCAGGAUUCAAAGUCUUACAAGUUUUAUUUGGAAACUCGUCGGCUUAUAUCCAUACAACAAACAUUAAAAAAUGGGAUAUAUGUGCUGGACAUGCUAUACUAAAAAGUAUAGGAGGUGAAAUGACAUCGUUGGAAAAUGAAGAUAUUACGUAUGAAAAAUAUACAAGUAUGAUGCAUGUUGGAGGAAUAUUAGCAACUGCACGUGAUCAUUUAUAUUUUAUAAAUGCUCUAAAAAAUGGAAGAAGUGAUUGAAUUAUUAAAUAAUAGGUUUGUAAACUUAUAAGUUUUGAAUGUAAAACGUUAAGACAAUAAAGUUAUAAUUUUCAUUAAAA